GUCUCUGGUGUGGGAAGGUGACUGGAGGGCAGAUGUUUUCAUGGCCUCAUUGAAAGAGAUGGACAGAGGCAACUCUGUGAAGCUUGUCCUGACUGUCAAUGGACAGCUGCUCCGAGGUGUCUCCAGCAGUACGCCCGCCCGCCCCUUCCUCAUCCCAGAGACCACCCAGUCACCAGUGCUCCCAGCAGAUGAUAUGCCCCUUGGCCAGGACCUGGAGGAUCCCACUGUGGUUAAGAGUCAGAGCUCAGAAGUGACUUCUAGAGCAUCCAGGCCUGGGAGGAAGGAUGUCCACCCACCACUGAGGACCUUGAUGGUACCCUGUGCCCUGAAGCCACCAUCUGGCAAGGUGGAACCCAGUGAGGCCUGGAGGAAGAGUCCUGUCCACCCCAAGAAGCCCAGGAAAGUUUUGUUUGAACCCACAGCAUCUGAGAGAGAUCUCGAUGAAGAAGAUCUGGCGGUGGAGGAGUUGCAUGGCAGUCCCAGCCCACGGUGGUGCCAUGCCAUGUGUCUCAGUGACCUGGGGACAGCUGUUCUGAUCGGUGGAGAAGGUGUUGAUCAGCAGUCCUGCAAGGAUGCACUCUGGAAGCUGGAAAUUGACAGUGAUUUCUGGCUUCCAGUGGGUUUCCAGCUACAAAACACCAUGCCAUUGUGCUUGCAUGGUCACACAGCUACCUACGACCCAGACACCAAGCGUAUCUACGUCUUUGGGGGCAUAAGGGAGGACAAAGACUACAGCAGCAUCUACAUUCUGGACACAGUCACCUGGAAAUGGCUCCUCGUGGCUGCUAAAGGGAGGCUGCCAGUGCUCACCUACCACAGUGCAACUAUCUACCGCAAGGAGCUCUUUGUUUUUGGAGGGACUUUCCCCAAAAAGGCAUCACUGGCAGUUGGACCCUGCAGCAAUGUUCUCUAUGUCUUCAAUCCAGAACAUGAAAUUUGGUACCAGCCCAUCUCAGAAGGGGAGAAGCCUCUGCCUAGGCUUGGGCAUUCAGCUACUCUCCUGAAGAACAAGCUGCUGAUUUUUGGGGGUCGGAGGGCUUCUCUCUACCUCAGUGACAUGCACAUCCUGGACCUGGCUGUGUCGGACCAAAAGGUUCUGAUCAGUGGAGGCUGCAAUGCCAAGGGAGCCCUGCAGGAUGCCUUUGUCUUCCACCUAGAUACUCUAUCAUGGAGCACGGUGAUCCACCACGACCUCUGCUCUGUGCCCCGAGCUGGCCACACAUUGCUUGACCUGAUGCCUGCCCACCUGAUGGAUGUGAACAAGGAGAACAAAGAGGAGCGUGACUGGCACACGGUGUUGGUCUUUGGGGGCUCCAACUGUGCUGGGACCUUUUACAACAGCACAGUCAAGAUCCAGCUGGACCUAGGAUAA